AAGUCUCGCCUUAAUUCUCUGAUCUCUGCAUCACGAUUAUAGUAAUGCUGUGGAUUAUAUGUUUUAUCGGACAAGUGGUCUUUACGGGGUAGCAUACGCUGCAUAAUUUUUCUCUAUCAAUUUUUGCAUAUGGGUAUGGACUUAUGCAUUAUUGGAACCAUUUGUGAGAGAGUGAGGAGGAAUGGAGAUGUGGAGGUGAUGCACGCUCCACACACAACAGGCGACGCCCUCUUGUGUUUAGUGAUGAAGAUGGGGCGUUAUAGGGUACUUGGGCCGGUCUAGUGGGCGUGUAGUGUAGUAAGUGUGGGCGUGGGCGCCUGAGGUGAGAUGGCGUCCCCAGGCCCGCGCCCCGACACCCAUCAAGAUCCUCCUGCGGCUGCUGCUGCUGCUCCUCCAGCCUCUCCAGCAGCCAUGGCAGGCGCCGCGGCUGCAGUCAGCCCACAGAAGUCGUCACAGCAGCAAGGGCAGCCAUUUGAACCACUAGACAAGUCCGCCAGCCAGACGGUGAAGCUAAACCCCAAAUUGGAGUUGAGCCGCAAUGAUCUUCUCAGAUUGCUUUCCUACAUGGAGGGUGAGCUCCAGUCGAGAGAUGUUGUUAUUGCAACCCUCAAGACCGAGCGAGUAAAGAACCUGCUACAGUAUGGCCGAGUAGGAUUGAGUGAUCCAUUUCUAGCUUUGCAACGUGACAGCAUUGGGGGUUCUGUGGUACGGGGCGGCGGUGUCAAUGAGAGUGAACUCAGAGCCUUAGAAGAGACACAGUUAGCGCAGCUAGAACACCUGAUUGCUCAACAACGCAAAGCACACCAGAGGAUGCGUCAUGUCUUGAGAGAAGCAGAGAAGCGUCAUUCUCGGGUGGUUGCAGAGCUUGAAGAGGAGAGACGGAAACACGAACAUGAUACUGCUCAGGGUGAUGACGUUACAUAUGCACUGGAAAAGGACCGCACACGUUUAAAACAGCCUGAGUUGAGGAUGAUAAAGGAGCUGGAAUCUGAGAGAGCAGCUAAGAAAAAGGCAGAAAAGGAGCUUCGCAAAGUACAAGAAACGCUCGAGGAAGAACGAGGACGACAGAAACAGAUCAUUCUCAUGCUGGUCGAAGAGCGGAAGAGAUUGGCACUACAGUAUGUUGAAGAAAGAAAGCGAUCCGAGGACUUGGCACAGAUUUUAUCUGAAGAAAAAGGGAGAAUUGAUUCCAUGGCGGAAGGUCUUGAGGAGGAGAGUAAAAAGUCGCUACAGAUGGAAGCGGAACUAGAGAAGCAACUUGCAGAUUUUGACACUGAGCGCCAGCAGAUGAGAGGUCAACUUGCCAAAAAAGAAGAAAGGAUCAAUGAAUUGGAAGCUCUGUUGGAGAAGCAGCAACGAGAAGUUGAUCAUUAUAAAAAACAAUUACAGGAAGCACACAAUGUAGCCAUGUUCCAGCAGACACUGUCUGUCUCUCCACCGCGCAUAGGGAUCGCUACCCGCCCUGCCCCUCCACAACUGCCUGCUAAACCUGCGACCCUCACCCAACCUCAGCCUAGGAUGCCUGGUGCUUUAACGCCUCCUAAGAUAACCCCUCGUGUGAGAGCAUCUUCCCCCGGGAUUGAUGAAGUCACGGGUGUGCCGUUGAAUUUAGGAAUGAAUGUGGCUCAACACCAUGUAUCUGCUGGGCCCCAUUCUACUGCAGGAGUUAGCAAUCCACCUCAUAGUGUUCCCCCAGGGGUUGCUGCUAUGAGUAGUGUCACUAAAGCUGUGCAGCUUACAGCUACUGUUAACUCUGUUCCAGUCGCUGGUCCAACUACAGGCAUUGCUCGAGGUGUUCAGCCAGGAGUGGGAAUUCGGCCAGUCAUGUACAGUGUGUCGACUUCUGAGGUGACCAGGACUGUAACUACGGCAGCUAAGAGCUAUAGACUUGCGGCUGACUUAGGAUGUGUGUUAGACCCAUGUUCCUCAAACGUAGCAGUACCGACCUCACCUAACCUAGCUCGUAACCUCUCCAACGCCCCAAGUACACAAGUUGUUUGUUCAUCUCCAUCCCCAAUUUCCUCUUCGUGUUUGUCUUCUCCCUCUUCUACUGAACCAUCAUCACCACUACUGCCUCCUCUUUCUCCUCCUAUUCAACCCACAAAAACAAAUACAGACAGUGGAGGAAUUGCAUCAUUAUCAGUGUCUCCUUUAGCCUCAACUUCACUUGCUUUCAGCUUUGUAACGAGCUCCUCGCCCUGUGUAGCAGCAGUAACUGCUUCAUCCUCACACUUUUCCUCAUCCUCCAACUCUCCCUCACUCAUGCCGCCGCCAUUGCCAUCAUCGUCACCACCUCCAUUAUUGCCCUUGUACUCUACAGUUUUAACGCCUAAGCUGGAAUCUACUCCUUUAACCAGUAUGGCUCCAGAUUUAACUCCUUUGAAAUCCUCCUUAGCUUCGGUCAAUUAUCAUUAUUGCACUCCGUCAUCUGCUUCCCCGUCUGGUCCACCACCACCUUUACCUCUCAGUGAACCCCCCAUUCUGCUUACCCCAAUGGAUGGUGAGGAACUGGAGCCUCCUCACUCUCCUCUGGAUGUGUCCACACCUCUCACUGUGGAUGGGAUGACUGCCUUACAUCUUGCAGCCCAGGGGAACAACUGGCAGUCGGUGCCGGUGCUUGUGAGAUGCGGUGCCAGCGUUAAUGCUGAGGAUGACGACGGUCGCACACCCACAUACCUAGCGCUGCUGUACGCCUGCAACCCGGCUGCUGCUGCCCUCCUUAGCUUUCCUCAUUCCCUAGAACACACCACCAAGGAUGGUUGCAACUACUUGCAUGCUGCCAUAAAAUCAGGUGAAGUUGACUGUGUGGAGGUUUUGUUGCAACACUUACUAGCAAUGGAAGAUGGUCCCAACUUGUUGCACCGGCUUGCUGGUGGUCCAGACCAUCAGGGCACCACACCACUUGCUCUGGCUGUGUCUGCCACCAACUCAGACAUGCUAGCAGCACUCAAUCAUGCUGGGUUAGAUAUUCCGGCGCUAAUCAGUCAUAAUGUCAGACUUCUCAGUCUUGCAUCUUCAGCGGCGAUGGCUCUGGUCUCUAGCUCGAAUCGAAGUGAAUGCACAUGUUCAGUAUGGCUUGAAGGACUAGACCUGGACAGAAUUCCUGAUGGUGAUGGAAGCAAUGGGCCUAAUGGGGACGAUGGAGCAGACAACAGUGGGAGGGAGUACAGUGAGCGAUGGGCCAUCGGUGCCGUGCGGGUGACAUCUGCAACACUGUGGGCAGCCCUUGAAGAAACACUAACAUCUCUUGCGUUGCACCACUGGGACUCCCUAACAAGAAACCAAGGUACAAGUGGGCCAAGUAUAAGCAGUUGUAACCGUCACGGGCCUCUACCUCGAGGAGAGAGACGACGAUCUGAUCCUCUGCACGACAUGGAGGUGAACACUGCAUUCUUGGGCCUCGGCAAGUCUGCCAUAAGUCAUUUCUCCAUUGGGCACCAUAAAUGGACACGGGGUGAGUAUGGCCUGGUGAGUGGGCCGUAUGAUCUACUAGUGAACAACAGUGCCCAAGACAUUUGUAUACAUCUACAUACUCUGGAAGCAGUAGCUUAUUCACUCCUGGUUCCCCUUCCUAUUCUCAAGAAUUAUCUACGCUUGAUUGAGCAGUCACAGUGUGUGGUAGUGUACGGUCCUCAAGACAGUGGGAAGCGCUCCCUUGUGAGAUGUCUUGCACACUUGAAGAGUGGUGGCGGCGGCAUGGCAAUGACUACGAUAGAUAUGAGCAGUGGAAGGGCAGCUAGUUUGGAAUCCAUCCGAAGUAUUGUGGAAAGUGGUGGAGGUCUUGUUGUUAUGGAACACGUUUCUCGAGAAGCAUGGCCUGGAGUAUGGGCCAUGGUUCAAGGAGUCAACAGUGGAACAGUUCUAGUGACCAUGGAUGCCUGGAGACGUCCAGGUGGAGGGCAGCUCGAAGGUGGUGUGUUGUGGGUGCAACUGCGGCAUGAUCGAGAACCCUUGGUCUCUAUUCUGAGCCGCUCUCUCACCAGACAUAUAGCCUCAUUACACGCUGGAGUCUUUCCAUCACCCGCUUCGGAGACAAAUCGGGUCAUUGACUGGGUAACUGGAGCUUGGGGACGCUUGACUGCCACACUCAUGGCUCUAGGGUUCUCAUCUGCAAUUCAUGGCCCUCAUCUGUUUACCCAGACUCUAUUGGCAGCCAAUAACCCCAGAGAUAUCUUGAGAGGAGUACAGCAUCUGUGGAAUAACAUCAUAAGUGAAGAAAUUCGCACUGAGGUGGUCACUGUUUGGAGGAGGUCCAGUGUUGGGGGAGAAGUGGAUGAAGCCAGGGUUACCAGCAUGGCUUUAUAUGUAGUAAUUCAGCGCAGUCUUGCCCCAGGCUUACCCUUACCCACUUCAGAAGCUCACGAUUUCCUGGCAGCUCUAGAUGGUGGUCUGGGGAGAUCUGCUUUCCGAGGUAUGAAAUCAACUCUUCCAUCGUCUCGACCGAAGGACUUACCAUUGGAAGUGAUGGGCAAUAAUCCUUGGACAGGUUCAUCAUAUGAGAGAUCAGAAAAUCAGUGCCCCACUGUUGGUGUGGCAUCACCCACUUCACCUGAGUGGGAUGAGGAUAACCUAACAAAGAUUUUGGGUCUUUCACCUAUGGGAUAUGCGUGACCUUGGUAUCUCCUCUCUCCACUUGCCUCUUACAUAGUAUUUGUAACGACAUAGUGUGAUUGGACACCCUUUCAUGUUUUAUUCCCCUCUUCCCAACUUCCAUAAAGCCACCUGAAACUCUCUCUUCAGAAUGAACAUUUUCUCCAGACUGGUUAUGCAUCAAAUGAUGUGGAAGAUGAUGCCCUGAAGCCAUCUGGUUUGAUCUCAGCAAAAAAAAAGUUAUCUACUGUAAGGAAUGUAAAUUACAUAGCUUUGGAUCAUUCAGUUUCCCGAAAUCUGUGCUGCUGUUUAUUAAGGUUGAGUUGUGUUUUGCAUUAUUGCUCAACUCUUCCUACUGUAUAGGUGCUAUGUGUGACUGUUGCAUUGAAAAGCAAAUGAACAGCUACCCUCUAGCAUUGUGAAGAUAGUUUUCUUGAGUGUGGAGGCCUGUAUCAAGUGAAAUUAGUGUGAAUGUGUAUCUUUAUCACUUAACUAGCAAUGGUCAUCCUCAUCUCUUAUUCACUAGCAUAUUUGAGCAGCUUGAUGUGAUACUUGCAUUUGUUCUUCCAGUGGUUUGAUCUGUUUUGUUUUCUGAGGCAGAGCUUUUUAUACUUAUUGAGUGAUGAGCAAUCAGACACAUGCACAGGUAGAGGAGGAUCACAGUUCAUAGCUUUAAUAUUACCAAGAUAUUCAAAACUGUUUAUGGUUCUAGUAAUGCUCACCAGUUACAGAACUGGGAUUGACCUUGGCAACUGUUCCACUGAUGCAAACUGAAAUGUGGAUGCAAUCAAUGUCCAGUGCAGGUCUCUCGCUUGGAUGAGCAGAAAGCCUUGGUCCAGUGACCUGAAUCACCACUGCGUGGGUCGUGUGACUAAGACUUACAUUAUGAGACAUUGUUAUGUUUCUUCAGAUAAACAAAAUACCCCAUUUAGAUGAGCAAGUAGAAAACCAGCAUGAGGAUUUCAGAUCCUAAUUUGCACAUAAUAAAACUCUUAAAAGGUUUUUUAUAACAGACCUAAGCCAGUAUCUUUGCAUUGUACCUCACUUAUACCAUCUUGAAUAUGAAUCUUCCAGUGCAAAAGCUUAUAUACAUGUAUAUGUAUGAAUGAGCAGAAGGGUGGACAUGAGGCUUGAACUACAGUCCAUAAAUUGACAGUCCGACACUACCGGACCACGGUUCAAGCCUCUCGUCUCCUCUUCUGUUUAUUCAUUGACAGUUGUUUAUUACAACUUAAUUUGAGUUCAUGUAUAUGUAUAUUGAUGAUAGGCAUAUAAAAAAGUUUGUAAUAUAAGAAGUUGGUUUCAUAUUCACACAGUGUGAGGUGUACUGAUGCAGUUUAAAGAUUUUGGUUUGUGGUCUGAACUAAGAUAAUUAUACAUUAGGAUGGCAAUAUUCAGUGUCUCCCAGGUCCUCUGUGUGAGUAUAAACAGUAACCUGUCUUAGUGUUAUUCUGUACUCGUGUGAUACACUCGUUUCUCUUGAGUGGUCUCGUGGCAGUAAGCAAUAGGUAAUGAAUGUGUGAUGUUGUAUCAAGCAAAGAAAUUACACAAGUGUAAACCAGUGAUUUAAGUAGGACUGCAGAUGUAAGUUUUGUAGAAUAUGGGGUACACACACACACACACACACACACACACACACACAAACAUAUACACAAACCACAAAGAGGAAAAAUGUUUAAUCAUUUCUUUAGCCACCUGUUACAUGACCUCCCAUACCAUUAAAUAUAUAGUAUAUCUCCAUGUAUGACAAGAUCCAAAGACACUCGCGUCUAUGUAGUUCUGUGGAUUGAAAAAGCGUGCAUACACAGUAUAUAUUUUCAUGAUUUGUUAAGAAGAAAAUUUGCACGUCAGGUACAUCUUGAUAAUGAGAGAGCACAUGUACAAAAAACAAUUCAUAUGCUCGAUAUAUCAAUCUCAUGAUCGAAAAUAGUAGAUUGAUUAAACUAGUAGCAUUAGUAGCUGUUUUAAUCGAUCAUAUACUAUAGUCAAGGAUUCUGACCUUGCAUGUAGGAGGUAAAUGUUAUAUUUUUUUAAUUUGAAACUUAGUUUUUUGUCUUUGACCUAGAAUAUCUUAGAAAUAUUUACGAUGCUCAAUCUGUUUUGCUUAGAUAAUCUUUAAGAUUGAGCUCUAUUAGGUUUUCCAUUAUGGUAUAAUAAAUUCAUAGAUGGAUGUUUUGCAAGGAUCUAAUAUUUCUAAUAAUUUUUUUAUGUGGCAUUAAACACAUAAAUGUAAUCCAAGUAUAUUCUAAGAUGGAUACAUUAUCAUUUGAUCACUGAUGUUAGGAGUACCCAAUGUGGGUGUUUUCUAAGCUAAACAAACAGGUGGGAAGUGGUCGCCUUUGAUCAGAUGAAGACUUGGCCAUCUUUACAUUGUGUUCUUCAUACUCGUUAGGAAAGUACUCUUAGUACCUCUCAUUUCUCUCAUUACUCGACUACAUGUCAGCAAGAUAUUUAAUGGGGCAUUACACACUUCAACUAGUUCAGGCAUGUUGUUCUCUUGAAUGAAGAAGAGUCUUAAAUUUCUUUGUUUGGGCUGGUAUCCGAGGUUAGGUACGUGUAUGCAUUGUACAAGCAAUUACCUGUGAUUAUCAGGUAAUGAGAAAUAUACUAGGUUUAUUAAAUUUAUAUCUGUGACAGCUUCUUCAGAAUGUCCCUGAUGAAGAUAUUCAUUGAAGAGACAUAGGGUAUAUUAUAAUUCUUCGUGAUUCUAUGCUACAAUCCUCUUGUAUUGUGUAUUGUCUCUUGUAUUUGUUUCUCUCCUUACCGAUUUUCCUAAAUUUGUUGUUAACUUUUAAUACUUUUAUUUUAUGCCAUUGUAUAGUAAUUUAUCAAGGCAAAAGUAUUAAUUUUAGUAACAUAAUAUUUCUGUGAUCAGAUAAUCAAAUGAGAUAGGCCCUGGAAGAAGUCUAUAUUUAUUGUUUAGGCUUAGCGAAAAGUGUAGCAUACGCUGUCCUCUGAAAGCUUCUUCCAUGGUAUUUUUCAUCAUGUUAUAUGUAAUGUGUUGAGGCAUGAUAACAAAAUUAUCAUUAACAAGAGGUAAAGUGCAGAGUGGCCAUCAACAGGCCACCACCUCGUCCUUAGCCUAUACAUUAAUGUGAUUGUCCAGGCCUUCUCAUAUAUAAUGUUAAAUUUAUUAUUUAAUACUUAUCACACAUGAAAUGUUCAAAUGCAUUAUGUACAGCUCUCUAUUUAUUGUUGAAAGGUAAUUUUAGUAUUAUUUUAACAUGACUAUUUACAACCAUUUCUUUGAAGGUUAAUUUAGAAAGUCUUGUUUAUGAAUAUUUCUUUGGAAUAUAUUUAUUAAAUGUGAUUUAUUUACAACCAUUUCCUUGGAAGUCCUCAUGCAAAACUGCAUGAAUGGAAUAACAUAUUUAAAAAACAUAAUUUUUUUUUUUUUACACUAUUUGUUUCAGUUGUAUUUUUGUCAAACCUGAUUAACCACAAAUAUUACCUAGAGAAGCUUUUGGGAAUAAUAUUUAUUAUUAAGUUUGUAUUAUUUAUAGAACAUGAAUCAAAUGCAAACACUAAUAUUGUGGCUAAUCAGCUUCUUGGUCAGCUAUCUUUUUCGUAUUAACCAAGUGUUAAUAUAAUCAGCAGGUGCCUUCAGUAUAGCUAUUUACUGGAGUUCCAAAUACACACAUUUUGUACUGGUAUUGUUAGCUCUGCAAUUAUCACAUCUCUGGAUGUGGUCAAAACUAUAUGCAAGGGCAGUAUCUGUCAGUAGAUAGUAGUCAUUUUGUGUAACCCUGAGCUGUUCACGCAUGUAGGUCAAAUAUGAAAUAAAAAAAAUAUUUUGUUGUGUGAACAACAAGAAUUAAUGUUGAAUAUUGUUAACGAAGACCAAAUUAAAUUAUUGUUUUUCUUUUUUCAUUAUCUUCUGUUUCACUAGUUUUUAUGGGCUUAACAUAAAAUUGAUAUAUUUUUACUACAGGUAAAUUACAUCUGUGGGAUGAAUUAGUGAAAAUACCUCAGACUUCCACAGAAUCACUUCUGCGGGAGAAAUGUUCUUAGCAACAUUAAUGGUGUCUCAACCAUUUCUGUAUUGCAGGCCGUUUGGUGAUCUACCAUAUUAAUUCAGUUGCACAUUAUUCUACCUUUUUCUUCUCUUGACUUUAUCUGCUCCAUAUACCAGAAUUUUCCCUGUUUUAUAGUGCAGCAAUUGAUUGUUGAGUUACCUUUACAAUAGCCAAACCUUACAGAAUUCUCAAAGCAAAUAUUUUUAUCAUAGCUGUAAAAUAAAUGUUUGGCACUUGAGCUAUGAGGACAAUAGCUGUUUUUUUUUUUUUGUUUUUUUAAGUAUGCCUGCGCCAUUCUGCUUUGGAGAUUAAAAACCAGCAACUUGAUAUAGUUCUCAGAUGGACAACCAUGGGAUGAAUGGGGUUAAACUUCACAUGUCAUUCAGUAUAUAUGAAUGAUUAGGGAAGGUUGGUCAUUCAUGUUGGGUGGGGCCUAAAAGACAAAAACUCUAGUAAUCACAACAUUUUAUUUUUAAACACUUACUGUGGUAUAAACCUUGGUAAUAGUUACCGACAAACUGGUUUAGAAAGACAGGUGAGCAAACACCAGGACAUACUUAUUAGAAAACAUUUUGGUCCUAGGACCUUGAUCACUUCUCAGUUCAGAAGUGAUCAGGGUCCCAGGACUGAAACGUUUUCUAAUAAAUAUGUCCUAGUGUUCACUCAGGUUUCUUUCUAAACCAACACUUACUGUAGCAUGCUGUUAAUAAUCUAUAGUAAUGAACAGGUUUGGCUUAGCUCAGUUUGUGACAUUUGAAAUUUGUAGUAGACAGUCAUUUUUCAAUGCUUGAAGAGAGUAUGUGGAUCCUUCAACUGCUAUAUUCAUUGAAGGCUUAAAUGGUCAUAACUCUUUUCAAGAAAAUUACACAUUCGUCAACUAAGCCUUUCAUGUGUUUAGUAACAAAUAUUAAGUGAUGAAUGUGAAUUUGCUUCAAUUAACAGAAGCUUUAGUGAUGGUCUAAUGACCAGAAGAGAGAUGGUCCCUAGAAAGACAUGUUAACAUCUUGGCAUCUUGCUGCUAAGAUAGCAGGCGAGAUGAGAUCAAUUUUGGGAUGUUGGUAGAAAUACGUAACCUCACAUUUAUUAAACUCCUCAGUGAGAGUGGAGUCAUUAUGCCUAAUUCAUGUGAUACUUCUCUCGCAUAUGUAAUGCCUCACUGUAUUGUUUCAUCCCGAGCAAGACCUUGAGGUUGUCUUUCGUACUAGAUAUGUUAUGAUUUAGCAUAUUUGUGUAGGAAGAUCAUAUUUAUGACCUUGGAAUACUCUUUUGACAUAACCUUAUAAUAGAUUACUUCCUCAAUAUAAACGGUAUGUUAAUUACGAGUUGGCAUUAUUGAGGUGGAUUCUCUGAAAGUAAUCAUAAUAAAGCAAGACCGACCAAUUUAUUUCAUGUAUUUAUUGAGGCAUGUAUAAAAGCUGAUGGAUAUGGGGUGUGGGACUAAAUACCUGAAGCUGUUGUCAUCAAAAGAAUCUCUUCUUGAUUGUAUAUGUAUGUACAGACCGCUGUGUAAACAAAGGGUAUGUAUUUUAAAAUGUACAAUUAAUGUAUUUAGCUAUCAUAUAAAGUGUACAGUUCUUUUUUCCUAAUAAAAUAUGAAGUUGUUAA